AUGGGCUGGCCAAAAUGGCGGCGCGGGCUACGGGCACGUCCCGUGUGCUAAACAAAUUGGAAGCGUGCAUCGACUCUGGAAAUUAUUACGAAGCUCAUCAGAUGUACAGGACCAUAUAUUUCAGAUACCGAGGCCAAAAGAGAUAUAGUGAGUUGAAGGAACUGCUCUACAAUGGUGCCGUCAAACUCCUCAGGUUGGAACAGUGCAACAGUGGAGCCGACCUGGCGAACUUACUAGUGGAUGUACUUGUGCAGUCAGAUACGGAACCUUGCGAUGAACAGAUUGAACGGUUGGGGCGCCUGUACGCACUGCUGGUACCCCACUCGCCCGAGCGGUCAGCGUUCCUGGCACGAGCGCUGCAGUGGUCGGCAGGUAAGGAGCAGCCCGCGCGGGGGCACCCCCAGCUUCACCGGCUCGUGGCGCUCACCCUCUGGAAGGAGAAGAACUACCCGGAGGCGCGGCACCACUUCGUGCACUCGACGGACGGUGACGGCUGUGCCGCCAUGCUCAUAGAGUUCCAGACGACCAAAGGCUACAGCUCCGAAAUUGACCUGUUCAUUGCCCAAAACGCAUUCCGUUGCAGGUACCUGUGCCUCCGUAACCCUUCCACAGCGUCGGUUGUUUUCUUAGCGUACACACGUCGCCACCCCAGCGUUCACCCUGGGCCACCUUACUACCUGCCACUGCUCAACUUCCUCUGGUUUCUGCUCCUCGCCGUUGAAACCCGGAAGCUGGCGGUGUUCACGGUGCUGUGUGAGCAGUACCAGCCGACCAUCAGCCGGGACCCCACGUACCCACAGUACCUGGACAAAAUUGGCCAGCUCUUCUUCGGCCUCCCGCCGCCACCCAAGCCACAGGGCAUGUUCGGCAACCUGAUCCAGACGCUACUGGGGGGACUGGAAGAUGAUGACUCCGGCACGUCGUCGCAAGCAGGCGCGGCGCCGGGGCAGUCGACAUCCUGUGGAGGUCCAGCCCGAGGAGCUGGAUUAAAUUAAUUCGGGGAAUCCAGCCUCGUGAUGAUCCGGUUCUGUCGGCAGAUUGGAACUCGGGUGUGCAAGGUUUAAUGCCUGGCAUAGUUUUGUGCAUAAGGAAAGAUGGUGGUUAGCAACACGGUACAAAUACACCGAAACGAUGCGCGGCGUGGGAGGCUUUCGGUGAAGCAAACGAGGAUGAAGCUCUCGAAAGGCCAAAGAGUCGGUGCGCUGUUUGUUGCAGACGUUUUUCGCUCGUAGAUUUACGCGUCUCGGCUGCUAACCACGUUUCUGGCCGCGCGGGCAAUGUGGCCUAGGCUACGGAUGGCUACAAACCGCGCGUGCUUUGGAUGUCGGGAGGGUCGGGCGUAAAGGAAUUCUUUCCAGGUCAUUGCUCGGCCACCAUCGUGUUGUUGUCAGUUGCUUGCGAUGGCCGACAGUACAGUGCUGUAUGUUCGUUCGCAAGGUAUUUCUUGUUUUUCUUACUCGCAUUGCUGGAAUGAGCAGCCCAACUGCAGCUCUCUCUUUUUUUUUCUUUUUCUUUGAGGCUGGAAUGAACUGCAAUUGUGCGAUGUGAGGCAAUUAUUAAACUAUCUUGCGAGUUCCGGGCAAGCCUUUUUUCCUUAUUUUUUGUUUUAUUGCUUCCUUUAUGUUUUAAUAUGCUUUGACUGUUUACAGACUGGUUUUUGUGGAAAAAUGUUCAGUUAGGCAUUGUAAGAAAAAAAAAGAAGAAAAUAAGCAGGCUUAUGAAAUAAGCUGAUGUGAAAGCACUAAUGUUUGCCACUGGAGCAAUAAAAAAAAAGUGAAACAGUGAA